CUUCCGGUCAAGUAAGCAGCCGUUCGAUGAAUGUUUUGCUGCUGUCUUCACGCCCCUACGUGGGAGUAAAUAGACAGCAGUGAUUCACAUCAUGAUCCCACAACACUCAACGACAGUAAAUAGUUUUACUAUGACAACUCAAAGGAGACUCACCUCAGUCUCAAUGGCUUCCAUAAUUCUCCGUUUGCUAUGUGCGAUGUGUUUUAUUACCGUUUGUCGGGCUGAAGAAAACACAGAUACGGUGAAUACAGAGAGGAACGCAGAGGAGAGCCACAGACAGGAGAGCACUGAUCUGCUCAUAUUCACCAUGUUACUCACCCUCACUAUCCUCACUAUAUGGUUAUUUAAACACCGACGCUUCAGGUUUCUACAUGAGACGGGUUUGGCUAUGAUCUACGGAUUGUUAGUGGGUGUGAUUCUGCGUUUUGGGGUCCAUUUACCUCAAGACUUAAAUGUUACCUCCAGUUGUGCGAUGAAUAGCAGCCCUGCCGUCCUGCUGGUGAACGUGAGUGGCCGUUUCUACGAGUACAGUCUGAAAGGAGAGGUCAGAGGCGACAAGGGUAAAGAUGUGCCUAAUGCAGAGAUGCUCAGGAAGGUAACGUUCGAUCCUGAGGUUUUCUUCAACAUUUUGCUUCCCCCCAUCAUCUUUCAUGCAGGCUACAGCCUCAAACGAAGACAUUUUUUCAGAAAUUUGGGGUCUAUUCUCUCCUAUGCCUUUGUGGGCACGAUGAUAUCAUGCUUUGUUACAGGGCUGGUGAUGUACGGAUGUGUGUUGUUUAUGAAAGCCAUUGGUCAACUUGGAGGAGAUUUUUUCUUCACUGACUGUCUUUUCUUUGGUGCUAUUGUAUCUGCAACAGACCCAGUGACUGUUCUGGCCAUUUUCAAUGACCUUAAGGUUGAUGUGGAUCUCUAUGCAUUAAUGUUCGGGGAGAGCGUUCUCAAUGAUGCAGUGGCUAUCGUCUUGUCAUCGUCUAUAGGUGCGUAUCAGCCCGAGGGAGACAAUCAGAACACGUUUGACGGCAGUGCCCUGCUUAAGUCCCUGGGUGUUUUCCUGGCAAUUUUUAGUGGAUCUUUUGCAAUGGGGGCUGCGACUGGAGUCAUGACAGCUCUGGUCACCAAGUUCACCAAGCUGAGAGAUUUCCCCUUGCUGGAAACGGCCCUAUUUUUCCUCAUGUCCUGGAGUACUUUCCUAUUAGCCGAGGCUUGUGGAUUUAUAGGCGUUGUGGCCGUGCUGUUCUGUGGCAUUGCUCAGGCUCAUUAUACAUACAACAACCUUUCGGACGAAUCAAAAACCAGAACCAAACAGUUAUUUGAGCUAUUGGAUUUCCUGGCAGAAAACUUUAUCUUCUCUUACAUGGGGUUGACACUUUUCUCCUUCCAGUACCAUGUGUUCAAUCCCACCUUCAUUAUUGGCGCAUUCCUGGCCAUAUUUCUUGGCAGGGCUGCUAAUAUAUACCCUUUGUCUUUUCUGUUAAAUCUGGGCCGGAAGAACAAAAUUGCAUCCAAUUUCCAAAGUGUCAUGAUGUUCGCAGGGCUUCGAGGGGCCAUGGCCUUUGCCCUCUCCAUUAGGGACACAGCGACAUAUGCCAGGCAGAUGAUGUUCUCCACUACCCUACUUAUAGUUUUCUUCACUGUCUGGGUGUGUGGAGGUGGGACCACGCCCAUGCUGUCCCUUAUGAAGAUCAGGGUGGGAGUAGACACAGAUCAAGAGAAUGCUGCCACAGCUUCAGAUGGGAUGGCACAAAUAAGCACCAAGCCUGAAAGUGCUUGGCCAUUUAGACUGUGGUACACAUUUGACCACAAUUAUUUAAAGCCCAUUCUCACUCAUAGUGGACCUCCAUUGACCACCACACUACCAGCCUGCUGUGGUCCAAUUGCACGCUGUCUGACCAGUUCACAGGCCUAUGAGAAUACAGGCUGGCUGCAGGAUGAAGACACAGAGUUGAUCCUAAACGAUGGAGGGGGUUCGAUGUACGGAGACAUAACGGUCAGCACCGAUGCCCGUGGUGUACCCACCACCUCCACGAGUCAGGCUGGUCUUUACUCACUAGCAGGAACUUCAGAUGAUCCUCUCGACAGGGAACUUGCGUUCGGGGGCACACGUCUAGUCCUUCCCACAGAUGAGCCGCACGACCCCCUGAUGUCUUUCCCUCCACCUCCGCCAUCCCCGCCCCUGUCUGACCCCUUACGGCACAGAGUCUGAGUCUGUGCUAAUCAGAUGCUAACUAAGUCUCUUGCCUUUAUUGUGGCACUUUUUUCACAAAUGGAAUGGUAUUUAUGAUUUUAUUGGUUUAUUUAUUAUUUUGUGCCAUAUGUAUAAUAUUUAUAUAUUUAUUUGUUUGAUUGACACUUGUUGUUGUUCUAUAAUUGUGGUGGCUAAUUUUCUUCCUUAUUUAAAAAAUAUAUGUAAUAAUUAAUGCCAGAUAGGUUAAAUUUGCCACAGAUGAUUAAAAAAAAAUUGUGUAGUGAUGUCAAGAAAAUCUAUUUUGAAUAGAUUGAUGUUUUUUGGUUUGACAGUGUCAAAGUAAUUUGUAACAUGUAAAUCCAUGUGGGUAAACGUCUAUUAAUAAGUGCCUAUGUGUUUGUACUGUGCUCUCUGACUAAUCAUUACCUCAUUAAUAUUUAUAAAAAUUAAUUUCAUUAGGAAAGUUGCUCAUUUGAAAGUGUUAAAGUUUUCUUAAUGUUCCACAUUCUGUAACAUCUAAUAAACAAGAUUU